AUGGCUCAUCUAUCCAUCUGCUCGGGCUCUCGUCUUCAAUGGCAUCAACCGGCCAACUGGACUCCUGCUUUACCAUUACCUUAUUUUGUUGGCUCUCUCUUGGAUAGGGCUACAUUAAUGCCAGCUACAUAUCUGAGCUGCAGAGCAGCCCUUCAUGCGAAUCCAUCACCAUACCUUGUUCUAUCGCGCUCUGGCCGCAUAUUGCCGCCCAAGGGCCCAUGGAGCACACUAUUGGGGACUUUUGGAGGAUGA